UGCGAGGAGAUCCAGAAACCAAUGGUUUUCUAGGGUUCGAGCAGGGAGACGAGAGGUUUAACCCUCUCCGUCGAUGGCGAUCCGAGCCCUCUCCAGAGCGAAAAUCCCCAAUUUCUCUCCACCGAUCCUUCGAAUCCUCGCAAAACCCUCGCAUCAAUCCUCUCCUAUUUUCCAUCCCCAAGCCCCGAUCCGAGAAACGCAUCCGCGCGAACAAAUUUUCGAGCUCAGGCACCUCUACCACGACGGGAGGCCGCGAGGGCCCCUUUGGAGGGGGAAGAAGCUGAUAGGAAAGGAGGCGCUUUUCGUGAUCCUGGGCCUCAAGAGGGUUAAGGACGAUGAUGAGAAGCUCGAGAAGUUCAUCAAAUCGCAUGUAUUGAGGCUGCUCAAGAUGGACAAAAUAGCCGUUCUCGGUGAGCUACAACGGCAGGAGGAGGUGGAUUUGGCGCUCAAGAUGUUCAGGAUAAUCCAAAAGGAGGAAUGGUAUAAGCCAGAUGUGUUUAUGUACAAGGAUUUGAUUAUUGCUUUAGCAAAGAGUAAAAGAAUGGAAGAUGUCAUGCAAGUGUGGGAGAGCAUGAGGAAAGAGGAGCUGUUCCCUGAUUCACAGACAUAUGCUGAAGUUAUCAGGGGAUUCCUGAGAUAUGGAUCACCAGCAGAUGCAAUGAAUAUCUAUGAGGACAUGAAGAAGUCCCCUGACCCUCCAGAAGAAUUGCCCUUCAGAAUUUUGUUGAAGGGGCUUCUACCACACCCUCUGCUGAGGAAUAAAGUGAAACAAGAUUUUGAGGAGCUGUUCCCAGAAAGACAUAUCUAUGAUCCCCCGGCAGAGAUCUUUGGUAUGAGCUGAGGUCUUCCUAAGGAACUUAGAUUGUAUCGGCCAAUUGACAUGGUUAAAUUAAAAAUCAUUCCAGCGACUCUGGCAGCAGAAGAGGAAGGCAAAACUUCAUCUGAUGCAGUGAAGAGGGUUCCAUCAAAAAGUCCCUGCAGAAUAUGCGCUGGCUCACCCUCAUUCACCCUCACCUUUUGAUUCAUGAUAUCAGAAGCUACUUGUGUGCAUACCAAUUAGACAUUCCUCUGUCAAGAAAGAUUGUUUUGCCUCACCCAGGUUGUGAUCUAGACCACAUUGAGAAAACCUAUGCAGUAUCUAUGCAGAAAUUUUUGGUCCAUCUCUUGCUGAAUAUUAGUCUUCUGAUUUUAUCAUAGCAUUUUCUUCCCUCAA